GGCCGGGCCGGGCUGGGCUGGGGUGGGAUGGGCCGGGCUGGGGUGGGCCGGGCUCCUUCGGGCUGGGCUGGGCUCUGGGCAGAGGGAAGAAAGGGAGACGCGUAGGGGUGGCUGCUUCUCCCUCCCUGCCAUUGCGGAGAGCAGCGCUCGCCUCCCCGCCGUGCCGCGCCCUCCCCGGCGGAACCCCCCCGCCAGCUCCCCUGCCUUGUGAUCGCAUCGAUUGGAGCUCGGGGGCUGAUUUUUCUUCUAUUUUUGAAAUCAUCGUUAAUUUUUUUUUAUUUUUUUUAUUUUUUUCCGGUGGAGGGGAGGUCGGGGGAGCAGUUGCUGCACGGGAGACAAUAGCGAUACAGCAGCCGCCUCGCUUCUCCGGAAAAAAAAAAACAAACAAAAAAACCAACCAAAAAAAAACCCAACAAAAAAAAAGACCUAACCCACCAAAAUUAAAUAAUUAUUAAAGAAAUAAAUACAUUGGGGAGUGAUUUCCCAAGAUGUCUUAUCAGGGGAAGAAAAAUAUUCCACGGAUCACGAGUGAUCGGCUUUUGAUCAAAGGUGGUAAAAUAGUUAAUGACGACCAGUCUUUUUAUGCAGACAUUUACAUGGAAGAUGGGUUGAUAAAGCAAAUAGGAGAGAAUCUGAUUGUGCCAGGGGGAGUGAAAACUAUUGAAGCCCAUGGCCGGAUGGUGAUUCCUGGAGGGAUUGAUGUUCACACCCGUUUCCAGAUGCCAGAGCAGGGGAUGACAUCUGCUGAUGACUUCUUCCAAGGGACCAAGGCUGCCCUGGCUGGGGGCACCACCAUGAUCAUUGAUCAUGUGGUUCCUGAGCCAGGGACCAGUUUGCUGACUGCAUUUGACCAGUGGAGAGAAUGGGCAGACAGCAAAUCCUGCUGUGACUACUCCCUGCACGUGGAUAUCACUGAGUGGCAUAAAGGUGUCCAGGAGGAGAUGGAAGCUCUGGUUAAAGAUCAUGGUGUGAACUCCUUCUUGGUUUACAUGGCUUUCAAAGAUCGUUUUCAGCUCAGUGAUUCCCAGAUAUAUGAGGUCCUGAGUGUAAUCCGGGAUAUUGGGGCAACAGCUCAAGUGCAUGCUGAGAAUGGUGACAUCAUUGCUGAGGAGCAGCAAAGGAUUCUGGAACUGGGAAUCACAGGCCCUGAAGGGCAUGUGUUGAGCAGACCUGAGGAGGUGGAGGCAGAGGCUGUGAACAGGGCAAUAACCAUUGCCAACCAAACCAACUGUCCCCUUUAUAUCACCAAGGUGAUGAGCAAAAGUGCAGCUGAUGUCAUUGCUCAAGCCAGGAAAAAGGGCACUGUGGUGUAUGGAGAGCCCAUCACAGCCAGCUUGGGCACUGAUGGAUCUCAUUAUUGGAGCAAGAACUGGGCUAAGGCAGCAGCUUUUGUUACUUCCCCACCACUGAGUCCUGACCCAACCACUCCUGAUUUUCUCAACUCACUACUGUCCUGUGGAGACCUGCAAGUUACUGGCAGUGCCCACUGCACCUUCAACACUGCUCAGAAAGCUGUUGGGAAGGACAAUUUUACACUGAUUCCUGAAGGAACCAAUGGGACUGAGGAGAGGAUGUCAAUCAUCUGGGAUAAGGCUGUGGUGACUGGCAAGAUGGAUGAGAACCAGUUUGUGGCUGUGACCAGCACAAAUGCAGCCAAGAUCUUCAACCUGUACCCCCGGAAGGGCCGCAUCGCAGUGGGCUCGGAUGCUGACCUGGUUAUCUGGGACCCUGACAGUGUCAAGACAAUCUCUGCCAAGACUCAUAACAUAUCUCUGGAGUACAAUAUCUUUGAAGGCAUGGAGUGCCGUGGGUCUCCCCUGGUGGUGAUCAGCCAGGGAAAGAUUGUGCUGGAGGAUGGGAAUCUUCAUGUCACUGAGGGAUCUGGGAGGUACAUUCCCAGGAAACCCUUCCCUGACUUCGUUUACAAGCGCAUCAAAGCAAGGAGCAGGCUGGCUGAGCUGCGGGGUGUACCUCGAGGCCUCUACGAUGGACCCGUCUGCGAGGUGUCGGUGACGCCCAAGACCGUCACGCCAGCAUCUUCAGCCAAGACAUCUCCUGCCAAGCAGCAGGCUCCACCCGUGAGGAACCUGCACCAGUCUGGAUUCAGCUUGUCUGGGGCACAGAUUGAUGACAACAUCCCCCGUCGCACGACCCAGCGCAUUGUGGCACCUCCGGGUGGCCGUGCCAACAUCACCAGCUUGGGCUAAGGACCCCCUCCCCCUUCUGUGCCCACCCAGUGGGGCAGGGACAGGGGCACCUGGAGACCCUUUUUGAUUCUUUUAGAGCCUGUGACAGUUACUGCGGGCAGCCAGUGAGGGGGGGCUGAAGUAAGGCAGUCCCCUCAGAUUCCCUCCUCAUCUUCACCAACCCCUCUCACUUCCCCACUCAGCCCCUGCACAUUUAAAGAAAUAAACCCUGUUUUGACACCUCUGACAUGCAAAAAGUUUGUGUAAAGAGGAUGUUUGAGAUAUGAUGUGGCCUCUGUCCCAUUCAGCAUCUUUCUUUUAAUAAAGGAAGGAUAAAGUGAAUUUCCCAGGAGCUGCCUUUAAGACACACACACAAAAAAAGGAAUAAAUAAAUAAGAAAUGUAAAAAAAUAGCUUUUUUUUUUUUUUUUUUUUUUUUUUUAAUUGUCAAGCAGAAGAGUAGUUCAAGGGUUUUAAACUGGAUAUUCUGUAGUGUUCUGUGUUCCAGCAGAAUAGCUAGGCAAGCACAGAGGGAGAGGAAUCCCCAGCCUGUCUGUAACCAUUCCCCAGCACUGCCUUGGAGGUGACUGAGUAGCUGUCUGCUGCUGAGAGGGAGACAGGACCCAGCACUAGGAAUUGACAAAGCAUCACACCCAGCCAUUGGGUAAGCUAGAAUCAUUGGGGACUUUGGUUCUGUUGGUUUCUGUUGGUUCUGUUCUUCAUUUAUUUUUCCUUCUGGAUAUUGCUGCAAAUUAGGUCCUCGAGGAAAUAUUUUUUUUUCUUUAUGUUUGUGUGUGUUUUUAGUAUGUUUGUAUCAUUGUGUUUACGAAGCCUUAUCUGAGAACUGGGGGAUAAUCUCCCUGUUCUUCCCAGUCCUUCCCAAAGCUCAUGCAAGUCACCACCUCCUGCCAGUGUCACUGCCACUGCCACCCUGGUAUUCCAGGGAUCCUUAGGUUGCAUCAUUCCAGCCAAGGCUUGCCAUUGUAGGAGGUCGUGGAACAGGUUCAUAAACUUUGAUCUGCACUUGGGUCUUGAGCUGGUGCAAAUGAAGGGGCUGGAUACCAGCUGGAGAGCUGGGAUGGGGUCUCUUGGGAAGUUUCUAGCAGUCAGUUUGUCUUCUGUUCCUGGGAGUGGAAAUUAAUAAGCAGGGGGGACAUGGGCAAAGAGCAAGGUGUUGCUUGAAAGGUUUUUGUAGCAGCCACAUUUCCCCUUCCUGGCCAUCAGGGAGUGGUUAUUUAAAACUUUAUGAGAGUUUAUCUUCAGGGCUCAUCAAAAGGCUGGUCAGCUGAGUGUGUGCCUGAGCAUCUGUGGCAAUUCCAACUGGACUCCAGAUGCUGUUGUAACUGGAAGCCUCAGAGCAGCUCAGUGGGUCACCAGCAGCUGAGAAUCUCUCCUGCACAGUGUGAAUUUCAGUCACUCAUUCCUUCAGGAAUCUGCCUUUGUGCACAUAUUAAUGAGAGAGCCUUGUGCUUCCCACCCUUCCUCAGAUGCCUCAGAUUUGAGGCCAUGAGUGGUCCUUGACUGAAUUUAGGAGCCUCAGCGUUUGUGGCUGUCAGCAGGAUGUGGGCAUUUAAGCAUCUUCUGGGACUGAAGGAUUCUUAGCACUAGAGGCUCACAGAGGCUUUCAGGACAUGGAGAAUAGAGCUGCACCAGUAGGGUCUCACUCAGAGUUAUCUGGAGGGCUUGGUGGUCCUGAGGACAUGGCCUGGCUCAGCACAAAGCUGUUCUUCUCAGAGUGAACACAGUGUUACCCCCACUGGUGGGGUGCCCUGGCACUUGGCUGCAUCUUCUGCUUUCCCUUCUAUUUGUACUUUGCCAUUGAUCUUGGGUUUUUUUCCAUCUUUGUGAGUAUUUUCUUAAAUGGAGUUUACAGGUUCUUUUAGGGGGAAAAACUAUAGUCUGAAGGCUUUUAAGAAAGGACUGAAUUUGUUGUUAGGAAGUAUCCAUGCUGGGAUUUGCAGAGGAUCUGGAAGCUACGUAGGUACCCAAACACUCCCAGCUUCAGCACCUCAUUCCUUUAGGUCCCUUUGAAAGGAAAAGUUAAAAAAAAAACCUUGCCAUACUCAUCCGUGCAUUUUGCAUUUAGGUUUUUAACUCUUGGGUCUUUUAGUUUUGCAUUAAAGAGUUUGCACUUUGUUUGUUAAUUAAUCCGUGAACGUAAUAUAUAUAUUGCAGCUGUUUUCAUUUGUUUUUCACCUGUAUGUUAAAAUCAAUUUGGGCGAGUUGGGGAGAAAAAAAAAAAAGGCAGAGCAGUUUCAGUUCUGUGAAACACCUGCGGCUCUUCAGUAUUCACUUAAGUCUUCCUUUUUUUUUUUUCCUUCACUGACUCAUGAUGACUUUUUAGGUUUAAUUUGUUCUUCAAAAGGAAAAAAAAAAUCACAAAAAAAGAUUUUUGCAGGCUGUGUAAGCAUGUUUUUUUCCUGUGGGAGCUCGUCUGCUUUGUGUCUGUUUAAUGAAUGUCAUAUGUAAAUGCUUAAAAGAAAAGAUGAUGACUUAAUUAAUGAAUUAACCGCAGUGACUUGAAGCUCUAAAAAUAAAGUAGGAUUUAAUACUAGCUGGAUUUAACCCUUGGAUUUGUGAUUGUGAACCAUGAGUGGAGGAGCUGUAAGUGCUAAAGCUGAUCAUUUGUGUAGGCAAAAAGAAGUACUGAUAUUGACCAUUGUCUCAAUGGCAAAAAAAAAACCCCCACCCCAAUCCCAAGUCUUGUGUUUUAUUCCCUAAGAACUCUGUGUUAUAUUACCAUGGGAACUCCUAAUAAAGACAAGAUGUUGUUGUUUCACUAGGU